ACGGAGCGCACUGUGCACCGAGAGGAGAAACUCGCAGAAGAGCCGGAAAAGUGCGCGAGGAGAGGCGCGAGCGGAGAGAAAGAGGAGGAAAAGUGUGUGAGGCAGAGAGAGAGCGUGCGCGUGCGGCACUUCUCCCAGCAGCGGCAUGUCGCUCCCCGGCUCCCCUCCGCUGCUCUCGCCGGGCUCCGGCGCGCCGACCCCGGUGGCGCUGUACCGCUCCGGACCGGAGGGGCUCCACACCUCCUCCUCCUCCGCGUCCUCCGCCGCCGCCGCCACCGGCACGUCCAGCCCGGCGCACGCCAACUCGCACGCGCACUCGCUGUCCCCGUCCCCGCGGCUGACCAGCGGCAUGCUGAGCGCCUUCCUGCCGGGGCCCCUGGGCGGCCUGGGCUCGCUGACCCCCGGCGGCUCCCCCGGCCUGCCGCAGCCCUCCGCCGGGCCGUGCAGCGAGUGCAAGCUGGUGGACGUGCACGGCGUGAAGGUGGCCAGCUUCAGCGUGGACGGCCAGGAGCUGAUCUGCCUGCCGCAGGUGUUCGACCUCUUCCUCAAGCACCUGGUGGGGGGGCUGCACACCGUCUACACCAAGCUGAAGCGGCUGGACAUCUCCCCGGUGGUCUGCACCGUGGAGCAGGUGCGCGUCCUGCGCGGGCUCGGCGCCAUCCAGCCCGGCGUCAACCGCUGCAAGCUCAUCUCCAGGAAGGACUUCGAGACGCUGUACCAGGACUGCACGAGCGCCAGCUCUCGGCCAGGCCGUCCGCCCAAGCGCUGCUCUGGUGCGGGGAUCCAGGAAAGCCCCAGGCUGCUCCACCCGGGCCUCCCCGGCCUGCUGUCCCCCAACCUGCUGUCCCACACUGGUCUCACAGCGGCGGCCAUGGCCGAGCUCCAAAAGCUUCAGAAGAUGAAGAUGAUGAUGAGUCUGCAGAACGGCAACGAGUCGGACAACGAUGACCUGCACUCCAACACAGGAGGGAGUGAGUGUUCCUGGGACAAGGAGCGCCUGACCAGCCCCCCUGCUGGAGCCCACAGCGGAGGACCAGGAGGAGGAGGAGCAGGCGGAGGUGGGGGGGCUCCGGCGGUGGGAGGAGGAGGAGCUGGAGGAGGUGUGGCAGCAGGAGGCGCCGGGAGGGGGCCCGCCUUAGGAGCUGUCAAUCAACAGCAGCUCCAGCAGCAGCAGCUACUGGCUAACAGGUUGGACCUGCCCUUCAUGAUGAUGCCCCACCCCCUGCUGCCCAUGGGGCUGCCCCCGGCCUCCGUCGCCAUGGCGAUGUCCCAGAUGAACCACCUCAACACCAUCGCCAACAUGGCCGCCGCAGCCCAGCAGAUACACACUCACGUCCACCGCGCGCCCGUCAUCAAGGAGAGAGUGUGUGACAGCCCGUCUCUGUCCCCGUCUGUGGACGAAACCAACACUCCUCUGCAGUCACAGCCCAGCAGCUCGGCCUCCAGCUCACCCGAGAGACUGGGACUGGUGUCGGCUGAUGCGGACGUCGCGUUGACCAACUCUGCUCCACCCAUCAAGAAAAUAACAAAGGACAAAGACGAGUCCUCGUUGGGUCAGAGCCUCCCGCCGGGGUUCCCCGCUCCGUUCCUGUUCGCCGACGGCCUGUCGUCAGUGGAGACCCUGCUCACCAACAUCCAGGGCCUGCUGAAGGUGGCCGUGGAGAACGCCCGGGUGCAGGACAAACAGAUCCAGGCGGAGAAGCGGGAGCUGAAGAUGGAGCUGUACCGGGAGCGGGAGAUGAGGGAGAGCCUGGAGCGGCAGCUGACCUCUGAACUCCAGAGCCGAGCCUCCAUCCAGAAGCGACUGAAGAAGGAGAAGAAGGCCAAGAGGAAGCUGCAGGAGGCGCUGGAGUUCGAGUCCAAGAGGCGGGAGCGAGUGGAGGACGCCCUCAAACACUCGUCCUCGUCCUCCCCGUCCCCCGAGCCGCUGCACGCCGCCAGCAACAACAGCGGUACGACGCUGCUGGAGCCGAAGACAAACCUGAACUUAAUGGAAACCAGCAAGACAACGGCGCUGUACAGGAAUCCCGGCCGUUUCUGAAGACUCCCCUGAUGUUCUAGAAGCUCCGCCUCCAUUGAAGCCCCUGCCCUUUCCUCCCCCCUCCCCUCCCCCCACUGCACAGAAGAACUGCACCAGCCACGAAGCAGGACGGCGGGGCUCCAGACACUUUUUCUAGAAAACGCUCCGGAACAUUGAGACCACGCUCCGGCCUGCUCUCUCUCUCUCUUCUUCUCUCCUGGUUUUUAGACUCCGGCUCUGUUCUGUUUCUGUCGCUGCACCUGAACUCCUGGAACUCCGGUUGGUUUUUCGAGAAAAGGAUCCGGGCGCCGCUUUUGGACGCUGCCGGAUUCACGGCGAGGGCCGACGAAGCGAGCUUCUGCUUGGCGGCUCUGAAGUCAGAGACUUGAAAACCUUCCAGCUACCAAAAAAAAAAAAACGGACCGAGAACGAGGCGAGAGCGGCUCCUCGCGCUCUGAUUGGACGAUGAGUAGUAAGUGGGAGGAGCCUAGCGUCGGAGGGAUAGAGCGGUUUUCAUCACACGACACAAAAAUAAAAGUUUAAAAAAAUGCUUGAAGGAUAGAAAGUGAGGAGAACCGUCUCUGGAGUCAGUUCCUCCUCCUCCCCCUCCUCCAUCCUCUCUUCCAUUUUUUUUUUUUUUUUUUUGCAUGAUUCCUCUCGUGACUCCUCUCAACAUGUUGGAUGCAGCUUUUCCAUGUAUAAAGUAUUUUCUAUCACCCCUGAAAGAGGAACAAUAAAAAAAAAAAGACUUUCAGUAGAUCCAGAAAAGACGAGAUGAGGAGAAACUAUCGGGGUUUUUUUUACGACGAUGAAGUGAUUUUUAAGACACGGACUCCUUCCCGCCACCGGGGGCGCCGCAGACUGAAGGAGGAGCGCUUGAUUCGUCCUCAGCAAUACGGGGACACCAGACGACCUUUGACCCCCCCCCCCCCACUUCCGUUUGAUGAACUACUAAAGAGUGCAGACUGUUGUGUUUCCGUUCAUCCCACUGUGUGUUUCCUGGGUUUAUUUGUUGAUUACUACUCUUUGACAUGUGUG